UGGACGCCGUCCGAUGAGGAGCCGCGCGGCACAAAAACCCUAGCUGUCGGUCGCUCCCCCCCGCGCCACCCAUGGCCACCACCACCGCCUACACGCUCCGCCUCUCCCCGCCGCCGUCGCCCUCGCCCUCGCCGCGGCGGCGGCGGCAGCAGCAGCAGCACCACUCCCCGCUCUUCCCCCAGCCCCGCAGCCGCGGGGCCGCCGCCACGAGGGCGGCCGCCAGCUGGGCCCCGGUGGACUGCGGCGACGACGGCCUCGGCGGCUGGUGGCUCCCCGGGCAGCAGCCGGCGGAGCGGGGGAGGAGGGAAGUGGAUAUUGGGAGUGCAUGGUCCGGGAGAGCCCUCGCGGUUGGGCUCGGGGCUUCGGCGGCAAUCGCCUUGGCGGGGAUGAUGUGGCACUUGCCGUCGUCGAGGAAGUGUCUGCAGCAAUUUGUCCAUGCCCCAUUACACUAUGUUCAAGAGAAGUUAUCAACGUCGGAGUCAAAAGAGACAGCUAAGGAGGAUGCAGGUGACACAGAGCAGGAUAUAAUUGAUGUUUCAAGGACAACUCUUGAUGAGAAGAUAGAUUCAAAAAAUGAUGAUUCAAGACACAUCCACAUGCCAACCAGUGGUGUAUGUGUUUCUUUUAGAGCUUCUGUAGAUCCAGUGCAUGAGGAGGCUUUCUCUAUAUUGAAGAAGCUACAGAUAAUUGAAAAAGAUGCUAGCUCCAGCGACUUUUGUACUCGGAGGGAAUUUGCAAGAUGGUUUAUUAAGUUGUACUCAAAGAUAGAAAGGAAAAGGAUGCAUAGGAUCAUCCCCAAUAUAUUAACUUCUGGUUCAGUCAGAAAUGCCUUUGACGAUAUAGAUGCUGAUGACCCAGAUUUCUUGUAUAUCCAAUCUUUAGGCGAAUCUGGCAUUGUAUCCAGCAAGUUGUCGAACUUCUUGGGAACAUCAACAAAUGGCUCUUAUAGUGAAAAUGAAAAUUCUAACUUCCUGCCUGACAGUUAUCUAUCACGUUUUGAUCUUGUUAAUUGGAAAGCUCUAGUGGAGCAUCCACGUGCAACUGAAGUAGACCUGAAGAUGCUGAGUAAAAAUGUUCACAUUUUGGAUCUGAGCGCUUGGCCAGAUGUAUCAUUAUCCAUACUUAUAGAUUUGAUGGAUGGCGAACAGAGCAUCAUCAGCAAAGUUUUUGGAAACACUAGACGCCUUCAACCACAUAAACCUGUCACAAAAGCACAAGCAGCUGCUGCACUGACCACUGGCCGAAUGGAAGAAGUAAUACGUGAUGAGUUGAGCAGACUAGAAGCUCUAAAUCAAUCCCAGCUUUCUGUUAUGAGUGAAAUAAUGGACGAGUUAAUUAAUAGGGGAGAUAUGAAACAAAUUUGGGAGGAUAAGAUGGAAAAGGAGCAAAACCGUGAGUUUGCAGUUGAAAAGCACCUUCAACAUGUGCUGCAAGAACUUGCAAAUGAGAAAACUGAUAGAGAAAAAGAACUUGCGGUCUUAUUGAAAGAGAGAACAGCUCUAGAACAUCAGAAUCAGGAACUUGUGAAUUUGAGGUCAGAGAUUGAUGACAUGUAUGAUAGACUAGCCAUGGAAAGGCUAGAGGUCAUGGCAGAGGAAAAAACCCUGGAAAAGCUCUCAUUUGAUGUGAGUAGGAAGCAUCAAGCUAUUUCUGAAUCUAAAUCUUAUCUUGAAGCUGAGAAGGAAGCUCUUACUAUGCUAAGGUCUUGGGUGGAAGAAGAAGCAGCACGUGUACAUGAACGAGCUGAAGUACUCGAGAAGGCUGUAAGGAGAUGGCGAGUCCCAGCUGACUAAGCCUGCAAAGUGCAAACUAACCUUCCUUUGCAUUGUUGUAUGUCAGCUUUUCGUCUUAACGUCUUUAUGUUCUGCGAUAUCAGGGCUUCGGCUGUCAGUUAUAAAUACUUGUCAGCAGUACGGUAAAGUCAGUGCAUGUUGCCUCUUGGGCCCAGAUAUCAUUGUUUUUAUUUUGUGCCACCUUGUGACUUCCAUAGUUUUUGUUCAUAGUUUCUUUUACCAUGAUCCAUGUAGAUAUUGUUCCUGCCCAUCUUGCAAGGCUGCUGUUUAAUCUGGGUCCAUAUCGCUAUCACACGGGUGUAAACUAUUCCAUUUGAGAAAUGGGCAUGAAGUGAAUAAUGCAUCUGACAAGGCUCAUUACGUGUCUUCCAAAUUGGGGCUUUACUUGGGAUUUGUAGAGUUUAACUGAUUGUUUGUGACUGUAGGUCUGAAUUGUGAUUGCCAAUUCUAAGCCAUGUAGGGCAGUAGGCAGAGGCACUGUGCUCAGUCAUGGGAGUACUAGAAAUGGAUGAGCUUCAGAGAGAUCAGAUGCAAGCAACAGGUGUUGUACCUCAGCUGAUUGACGCCCUGUCGCUUAGCUUACAAAGCGUCAAGGAACCCAUCUUCUCUUUCUGAAAGUGCACACAAAGUCCAGCUUAGGCAAUGCAAGCAUGCAGUUGCUGUAAUGGAACCAGGAGUUUAUUCACACGCAAAAAAGAUCCAGAGGCAACAUGCUGUGGGGUGCAUCAUCCACUGCUCACUCAUUAACAAGCCUGAAAUGUUUGGUGGUUGUUCACUUAAUGCACAUCUUCAAUUCCUUUCCCGGUUUCCUACUCUUCCCCCCUCUGACAUUUCCCUCUCCCAAGUGGGCCCUUGUCAACAAUCUGCUGCAGUUAUGGAUUUGCCAAUGAGGAUGCUCUUUGUUGAUCCUUGGGGUGGUGGCAUCAGCAAUAUUUCCUUUGGGGGUUUUGGGGUGGGGUUGUGUGGUAUGGUGUGGUGCAGGUGCAUGUGCAUGGCAUGGCAUGACCCGAAAAAGGGCGUGUGGUGUACCCUCUUCUGGCUUCAAAUCUACCCGAUGCAUUUUGAUCCGAGCUGUCUAUUUUAGAUCCGAUGAACGAAAAGGUAUCGGAGGAAAUUUCGAAAUAAAAUUUAUCAGGUUGGAUCAAUAUGGACGGACAGGAUUGCGAGAAAAUGUCAUUUGUCUAUACCCUGUACGGAUUCAGAGAGUUUCAGACUAUGGCAGACCAUGUGGGCACCAGCCAGUGGUGUGGUGCAUGCCUUUUUAUUAGCUGUUUUCCAUCGAUUGCUCCAUGAAAAAAACCGGUAGCAAUUGAUGUUUGCUUCUGGGACUCUCAGAUAUGAUGCAUAUCUGAUUGAUCUAUACAAAACCGAAUUUGAUUUGAUUGAUCAUAUCAUAGCAUGAAAUGAUCACACGAUGAGCACCUGUUCAUGUUUGGUU